CGAAUAUUGUUUGGGUUCCUGGCUGGAGUUGGUCUGUAAAACGUGACUGACGCCGGUUAUACGCGCUGGAAUCAACCGUUAACCCUUUUGAGACGUAAACCAAAACCCUUCGGACGCUUGCGCAACUCCAAAUCGAUAAAAUCCAGCAAAUUCAUACAAAGUUCAAGCAAUUUCUUCGGGUUUUCCGCCUUGAUUCACACAUAUAAACAGCAAUGGAUCCGAAUCAAUCAUCUAAGCAAACGGAGAAGCCGGAAGAUUCUCACUCCACCGAGUACGCUCCUUAUCCUAAGAUUGACCCAACCGACGUGGUUCCUCCUCCAGCUACACCUGCCGGCGAGAACUGGACCUCGGUUCCUGUUGGUUCUCAACCAGAAGCGCCGCCUCCGCCUGCUGUUGGGCAACCGAUGUAUACAGCUGCUGCGAGGUCAUCAAAUGAUCCGCCGCAAGGUUCAAACGCUGUACCUGGUGGUGGGGCAACCACCAUGCCCAGCGAAUCAAAUCCUUACGUGUCCCCUGGUCCCGUGCCGGCUUCUACCACGAAGAAAACGAUGGAUACAGUGAAGGAUGUGCUGGGGAAAUGGGGAAAGAAGGCUGCUGAGGCAACAAAGAAGGGGCAGGACUAUGCUGGAGAUGUCUGGCAACACUUGAAAACGGGGCCGAGUCUUGCUGAUGCUGCAGUGGGUAGAAUUGCACAAGGAACAAAAGUGAUUGCAGAAGGCGGAUAUGAGAAGAUCUUCAGAACAACAUUCGAAACGCUUCCCGAUGAGAAACUCCUGAAAUCAUACGCUUGUUACCUUUCCACCUCAGCGGGCCCCGUCAUGGGAAUCCUCUACAUGUCAACUGCAAAACUCGCCUUCUCAAGCGACAAUCCCCUCUCAUACAAAUCUGGUGAAGACACUCAGUGGAGCUAUUACAAGGUGGUUAUUCCAUUGCAUCAACUGAAAGCAGUGAAUGCUUCAAAAAGCAAAGCGAAUCCUGCUGAAAAAUAUAUUCAGAUCAUAUCUGUUGAUAAUCACGAGUUCUGGUUCAUGGGAUUUGUUAACUACGACAAUGCUGUACAGAACCUUCAAG